AUGCCAGACCAACACAUAAUCAACCAAGAAGUCGACGACGAUACUGGUUGCCCCUCCGCCAACCUAUCCAGUAGUCCUACCCUUGAUAUUGACACGAUGUUUCCUUCAAUGCUACAGAACUCGACUACUUAUCCUAAUCUUGGGUUCGCAGUGGUGGUCCGACCGACCAUGGUGUCAAGCCCCAAUCAUCUUGCUCAGCCCGCCUUACCUGGCCCGCGGAUGACGGACGGUUCACCGAGCAGCACUGGUUACAGCUGCCACAAUUUCAACCAGGUAAAAUACUCAAUACAAUCUGUUUCCACACCAAAUCCUUGGGCCAUGGCAAUACCACAACUACACAGUAUCUACUCAGUCUCCUCCCCUACUAUCCCUACAUCUUUCUCGCAUUAUGGCUCCUGGAAUAACCCACCAACCCUUCACACUUCCCAGAACGACGUCCCUGUGUUGGGAAGAGACCACUCGUCUUCAUACACAUUCCCAAUGCAGUAUUCAAAUGUCCACCAUUCGCAUCCGGCAUUUCCCUCACAAUACACCCGGACCAACCAAGAUAUAUACUUCACCUCUGACUAUGAAAUGCCCACUGCGCCGUAUAACAAUUUGCCGCAACAGUGGUGCGAUUCUGUCAUUUCUCAGCCACCACGGAACGUGCCACUCCCACCUAUAGUACCUCCACCUUUGGCUGCGGAAUCUUCGCAGAUUAGAGAUGCAUUACAGCCAUUUUCAAGUCACGGUGGAAAUAUAUGCUACCCUUCCGAUCAGCCACCCACCAGCCACCCACAUUCGAUUCCCUUUCAAAGCCAUCCUUCAUCCCCCCUCCUACUGUCUUGCCGAUGGCUACGUGAUGACGUACCCUGCGAAUUUGCAGGCACAUUAGAGGAGUUAAAGGUCCAUUGUAAAACCGCUCAUUUUUCGGGGCCUCCAAACGCGCAAAUUGAAUGCCGCUGGGAAGCUUGUGAAUAUCAUAAACGUGAUGACCCUGCAGUUCGUGUCAUGCGACGCGGUUGCAUGUGGCGUCAUACUCGUGAAGUUCAUUUGGGGAUGAAGAGGGGUGCUUAG